CAAACCCAAACUCUCUUCGUCUUUUCUCAAGCACUUCCACCCAUUCUUCCCCUUAAAAAUUUAGUUAUUUUCUCUUAUUGAAACAUUCCCACAGUUUUUAAUCAAUUUCGUCAUGGCUUAUCUCACUAAUUACAAAAUGAUUAUGCCCCUCUUCCUUGCCUUCUCUCUCCUCCUCCUCCAAGGAGCUUUAGGUGAGAUCGUCUGUGAAUAUUUGCCGAACAACUUGUGUGCAUUCUCGAUAGCUUCAUCUGGGAAGAGAUGCGUAUUGGAGAAUUACAAGACAAAGCAGGGGAGUAUGGCAUACCAAUGCAGGACAUCUGAGGUGGUGGUUGAGAGGAUGGCGGAGUUGAUUGAGACCGACGCCUGCGUCAGGGCUUGUGGUGUCGAUAGGAAAACUGUUGGCUUUUCAUCCGAUGCUUUGCUUGAGCCUCAAUUCACCUCCAAGCUCUGUUCCCCUUCAUGUCUCCACAGAUGCCCCAACCUUGUCGAUCUCUACUUCAAUCUCGCUGCAGGAGAAGGGGUGUUCUUGCCGGAUCUAUGCGAGGGCCAACGUAUGAACCCUCACCGUGCGAUGAUGGAGCUCCUUAGCUCUGGUGUGGCACCUGGUCCUAUCCCCGGUGAAUCAUCAUCCCCAUUCUUUGCUGCUGCUCCGGCGCCGGUUUCCAUCUGAUUUAAUUACAGUUUUCUUGGUAUCUCCUUUUACGUACUUGAAGGAAGAUGUCUCUCCUUCCCGGCCAUUAGUACACUUUCUUGGCUGUGUAGUAAUUAAGCAUACACAUUAGCGAGGUGAUUUGGGCUCAUUUAUUGGGGUUCGGGUGGAGAAUUAUUAUAUUUUUCCAUUAUAAGAUGUAUAACCCAUUCUUUUUUUAUUUCUUAAAAUUUAUGGGUCGAGCAGUCUAGCUUGAUAGUUGAUACAUUAA